AUGGCUUCAACACAUAUUCCUUUGUCUCUCUUUUUAACUCUCCUGCUUCUCUUCAUCAGCUCCUCCACAGCCCAGCCCGUUAAACGCCGUGCUCUUCUGCCAGUAACCAAAGACGCGGCCACUAAGCAAUACGUGACACUCAUUAACCAAAGAACUCCCCUUGUCCCCAUAAAACUAACGGUAGACCUUGGUGGACGUUUCAUUUGGGUGGAUUGUCAAAAUGGCUAUGUUAGUUCAACCCUAACACCUCUCAUUUGUGACACCUUGCUCUGUAGACUUUCGCAUUCUGGAGCGUGUGAUGGUAAUUGUACGGGAUCAUCACCCGGACAUCCUAAUAAAGAUUGUACUUGCUCACAUCUUGCAUACAAUCCUGUUUCUCGUACCAGCACAGGUACCAGGCUUAAUGAGGAUGUUAUUACCAUCCAGGAUACGGACGGGCUGAAGCCCGGCCCGUAUCUAAAGCCCAGUAAGGUUGUGUUUGGUUGCGCGGAUACUUCACUACUUAAAGGUUUAGCUAAGGGGGUUAAGGGAAUAGCUGGAUUUGGGAAUGGCUAUGUAGCCAUUCCAAAUCAAUUAAUUUUUCGUUUCUCUAGACCUAGAAAAAUCGGUCUUUGUUUGAGCUCUUCGACAAAUUCUCCUGGAGUUAUAUUUAUUGGUGAAGGUCCAUAUGUAUUACUUCCUAACAUUGAUGUGUCGAAAAACCUUCUUUACACACCUCUUCUAACAAACCCGAUUAGUACUGCUGGAUCAUCGUUUGGGGGUGAGCCAUCAACGGAUUAUUUUAUUGGAGUAAAAUCUAUUAAAGUUAACGGUGAUUUGGUUCCUAUAAAUAACUUAUUAUUGGAAAUAAAUGAAGAAAAUGGACAAGGGGGUACAAAGAUUAGUACAAUUGAUCCACAUACUAAGUUGGAGAGUUCAAUUUACAAGGCAUUAGUUAAGGCAUUUGUUCACUCACUAACUAUACCUAGAGUUAAAAAAGUUGCACCAUUUGAGAUGUGUUACAAAAGUAGUAGUUUACCUAGUACUAGAGUUGGCCCAGGUGUUCCAAAUAUUGAAUUUGUUUUACAAGGUAAAAAUGGCGAGACACCUUCGUUUAUUAUCUCUGGAGCUAACUCAAUGGUGGCCGUUACAGAUGAAGUGCUUUGCUUAGGAUUUGUAAAUGGUGGAGAAAAUCCGACUACAUCGAUUGUGAUAGGAGGACAUCAAAUUGAAGAUAAUUUGGUACAAAUUGAUAUUGAUAACAAGAGGGUUGGUUUCAGUAACUCGCUCUUGUUCCAGCAAACUACGUGUGCCAACUUCAAUUUUGGGUCGACUCAGGGUCAAGAUGUGGGAGGACGAGAGAUUGUGUAA